UGGAUCUAGGCUCAAUACCUCAGUGAUCAGCGUCAUUCGAGUUUUUUGGCUUUAGGCCACACUCUUCGCUGCCAGCCAUGAGCCUGACUAGCACCUGCUGCAAAUGCUCUGCUAUCCUGGUUGCUCUGUUCGCAGUAUUCGUUGGCGCCCUCUUUUCAGGAGCUUUGAAACAAACAGGUAUCUUCCGCUUUGUUGACACGUAUCAUGGCUCCCGUGGCCAGUUCUUCAAGGGCAUGUUUCCCGCAAUGCAUGAGGGCACCCCGUGGGGCUUCACAGUUGAUGAGAUUCCAGACCUGACUGGACAGACGAUCCUGGUCACGGGUGCAAAUGUCGGGCUCGGUUAUUGGACUGCAUGGCACAUGGCAGCAAAGAACGCGACGGUCAUCAUUGGUUGCCGAAGCCAGAAGAAGUGCAGCGACGCGGCAGCCAAAAUCAAGUCCGAGACAGGCGCAGUCGUGGAGACAGCAUUGCUGGAUCUCGGCUCGUUUGCCUCUGUGCGAGCUUGUGCUGCGCAGGUAGCCUCAAAGCAUGCCGAGCUGGACAGUCUUAACUUGAACGCUGGAGUGAUGGCGCCACCCUUCGGCCUGACCCAGGACGGACUGGAGACUCAGAUCGGCACGAAUCAUUUUGGCCAUUUCUUGUUGACGAGCCUCCUCCUGCCGCAGCUCAAGGCGGCGGCUUCCUCCAAGGGCGUCGCCACCGUUGUGUCGGUCUCGAGUGCUGCCCACUUUGACUCCUACCCAGAGGGCAUACUGCCAUCCAUCGAGCGCAUGAACGACGAGAUGAGCUACAAUCGCGGCAUGGCAUAUGGCCAGUCAAAACUCGCCAAUGUGCUUUUCGCUCAAGAGCUUGCCGCUCGCGUCAAAGACAGCAAAAUCCUCGUCAACAGCAUCCACCCUGGAGGUGUGGACACAGAACUUCCCAGGCACAUCGCCAACAUGAUCAAGCAGGUCUCCGCGACAGCAGCAGACUCGCUGUUAGAAUUAGUGGCCAAUGCGGUAUGGCAUCCCAAAGAAGCAGCAUUGACGCAGAUCUAUGCUUCUGUAGGUCCCUCUCUGAAGCAGAACAAGAUCACUGGCAAAUACUACCACCCCAUUGCACGUCUGACGGAUCCCGACCCACACACGCAGAACAUGACGCUCCAGAAGCUCUUGUGGAAGCUGUCCGAGGAGUACGUAGCAAGCCACUGACGGGUCUGCGGGCACAGGAGCGUUUGCGUUGCCUCGGUCAUUUUUAGCACGGGUGAUGGUUGCCCUUCGCAGGUUGAGUCCCGCGUGUUCACAUAUCCAGCCGCUUGCUGAGGCGCAAACAUCCGCGGGAAGAACGGGAGGGGCAACGUUGAGAGGAAAAUGCUCAGGGGGGACGUAUCGAUCGCCAAAUCGCUCACUCAUCGCCGGUAGAGUUAUCCGAACCAUUGGAUAUGUAUGCAACUAUGAGGUAGCUGCUCUACGUGGUUUCUAGGAUCCGAGUGAAGCGGUCCUCUGGCGCCGCUUGGAACGCAGACAGGAGAUUGGCCUUCUGCAGGGUCACGGGACCCUGGGGCUCUCCCUCAUUUUAUCUUGAGUUUGAAGUUCCGCUGGACGUGAGGAAGCUUCGCUCCAUUUUCCAUCCCUCACUUUAACUUGAGUUUGAGGUUUCGCUGGACAGCAA